AUGAAGGGCAAGGAGCGCUCGCCCGCCAAGGCCAAGCGCUCCCGGGGCGGCGAGGACUCGGCGUCCUCCUCCUCCUCCUCGCGCGGCAGCAAGAAGCCGAGCGGCUCGUCCGGCGGAGGCGGCGGCUCCAACGGCGGGAAAGCGGCGGCGGCGUCCAGCGAGAGCAACAGCGGGAGCGGCCGGCGCGGCGCCCACGCGGACAAGGGCGGCCGCGCCGGCAGCCGCGAGUACGAGACCGGUUCGGCGGCGGCCGCGGGCGGCGGGGGCCGGCACGGUUACAGCGGUAAAACCGCGGAGGCGUCGCGGAGCAGCAGCAGCCGCGGCGGAGAAUCGCGGGCGGCCGCCGCCGCCGCCUCCUCCUCGUCCUCCUCGUCGGAGCCGGGCGGCGGCGAGUACAAGACGCUGAAGAUCAGCGAGCUGGGCUCGGCGCUGAGCGACGAGGCGGUGGAGGACGGGCUCUUCCACGAGUUCAAGCGCUUCGGCGACGUGAGCGUCAAGAUCAGCCGGCUGCCGCCCGGCGCGGGCGCCGCCGACGAGCGCGUGGCCUUCGUCAACUUCCGGCGGCCCGAGGACGCGCGCGCCGCCAAGCACGCCCGCGGCCGCCUCGUGCUCUACGACCGCCCGCUCAAGAUCGAGGCCGUCUAUGUCGGCGGAGGCAGUGGCCGCCGGCGCAGCAGCCGCUCCCCGGCGCUGCUGGACAAAGAGUCUCCCUACGGCGCGGCGGCGGUCGGCGCGGUGGCGGCGGCCGUGCGGCACCCGCCGGCCGGGGCCGCUCAGCGGGCGCUGUCCCCGGCGGGCGGCGGCGGAGCUUUGGGAUACCGCGACUACCGGCUGCAGCAGCUCGCCCUGGGCCGGCUCCCGCCGCCGCCGCCGCUGCCAAGGGAGCUGGAGAGGGAGCGGGACUACGGCGGCUUCUACGAGGCGCGGGUGCGGCCGGCCUACGGGCUGGAGCGCGUGGCCGGCGUGGCGGCGGCCGGGGGAUUCCGCGGAGGAGGAGGAGGAGGAGGCGCCGGAGCGGCCGGCGAGGAGGAGAUCAGCCCCGAGGAUGACCAGAGAGCCAACCGCACGCUGUUCCUGGGCAACCUGGACAUCACCGUGAGCGAGUCGGACUUGCGGCGAGCGUUUGACCGUUUCGGGGUCAUCACCGAGGUGGACAUCAAGAGGCCGGGGCGCGGGCAGACCAGCACCUACGGGUUUCUUAAGUUCGAGAAUCUGGACAUGGCGCACAGGGCCAAGUUGGCCAUGUCAGGGAAGGUGCUGCUGCGCAACCCCAUCAAGAUCGGGUACGGGAAGGCCACCCCGACCACCCGGCUCUGGGUGGGCGGCCUGGGGCCCUGGGUGCCCUUGGCCGCCCUGGCCAGGGAGUUUGAUCGGUUUGGCACCAUCCGCACCAUCGAUUACCGCAAAGGGGAUUCCUGGGCCUAUAUCCAGUACGAGAGCCUGGACGCGGCGCAGGCGGCCUGCACCCACAUGCGGGGCUUCCCCCUGGGGGGGCCGGAUCGCCGGCUCCGCGUGGACUUUGCCGACACGGAGCAUCGGUACCAGCAGCCCUACCUGCAGCCCCUGCCCUUGCCGCCCCCGGCUCAUUACGAGCUCGUGGCGGAGGCGGCUGCUUUUGGGGCUCACCGGGGAGCCCCCCCCGACCCUCUCCGGGGGGCCCGGGACAGGACGCCACCGUUGCUCUAUAGAGACCGUGACAGAGACCUUUAUCCCGAGACAGAGUGGGUGCCCCCGCCGCCCCCUGUGCGGGACCGGAGUAAUCGAGCAGCUGCCUAUGACCCGCUGGAAAGCCUGGAGCGCCGCCGGGAUGGGUGGUCCUUGGAGCGGGACCGCGGGGAGAGGGAGCUGGGCGGGAGCAGUAGGGAUCAGCCUAGGAAACGGAGGCUGGCAGAGGAUGGAGGCCGGCACUUGGACCGUUCCCCCGACAGCGAGCGCUCCUCUUCCUCCCGAAAGCGCCACUGCUUGGCCACAACCUCUCCCCCGGACCGCAGCCCCGAUCUCCUCGGAGGCCGGGAGCGUUACGGUAACGACCCAGAGCGCUCAUCCCGCUUGCUCCUCUUGGAGCGACCUUCCCCCAUCCGGGAGUCCCGCCGGGGCAGCCUGGAGCGGGGGCAGAACGAAAAGCGAGACCGCAAGAAUUCGGCGGAGCGGGAGCGCAAGCAUCGCGCCGCCGCCGCCGCCCAGGAGUGCAAAAGUCCGGCCAAAAAGGACGAGCGGGCGGCGGAGGGAGGCGGCGGAGGCUCCCGGCUCAAACCUCCUCCCCAGAAACAGCAGCAGGACGGAGCGGCGCAGGCCGGGGCAGCGCCCAAGCUGUGCCUGGCUUGGCAGGGGAUGCUCCUGCUGAAGAACAGCAACUUCCCGUCCAACAUGCACCUGCUCCAGGGGGACCUCGGAGUCGCCAGCAGCCUCCUCGUGGAGGGAGCGACUGGGGGGAAAGUGGCUCAGCUCAAGAUCACCCAACGCCUCCGUCUGGACCAGCCCAAGUUGGACGAGGUCAACCGGCGCAUCAAGGUGGCGGGUCCCAAGGGAUACGCCAUCCUUCUGGCCGUGCCCGGCGCCUCGGACGCCCGCUCCGCAGCCGGGGCCGCCGAGGCCGCCACCACCUCCACGCAGAGGCCGCUCAGGAAUCUGGUGUCCUACCUAAAGCAAAAGCAGGCUGCUGGGGUGAUCAGCCUUCCUGUGGGGGGGAACAAAGACAAGGAGAACAGCGGGGUCCUGCACGCCUUUCCGCCCUGCGAUUUCUCCCAGCAGUUCCUGGACUCCACGGCCAAGGCAUUGGCCAAAUCAGAGGACGACUAUCUGGUCAUGAUCAUUGUCCGUGGGGCGUCCUAAGGCCCUCGUGUUCUGUUCCCAACCCUGCCUACUCCUCCAUGCAGCCCCUCCAGCGUGUGCCAGCACGAGGUGUGAG